AUGUCUGUCGUAAUCACCACAGACGUCAGCAACUACGAGGCGAAGGGGUAUGGCGAUCCCAACAAAAAAAUGAAGGCCUUGACCUGGCAAGGGAAGAAUCAGGUUAAAGUUGUGGAGACCGCUUGCCCGACGAUCGUCGAUGACGGCGACGUCAUCCUCAAGGUGACUGGCAGCACCAUUUGUGGGAGUGACCUACACUUGCUCCAUGCGGCCAUUCCAAAUCUCGAGAAAGGGGAUAUCCUCGGCCACGAGUUCUGCGGCGUGGUGGAAAGUGUGGGGCCGGCCGUUAAGAACAUUACAGUGGGCGAGCGUGCUGUGGCCUCCUUCCAAAUUGCCUGUGGGAAGUGUUAUUACUGCCAGAAGAAAUUGUCCUCGAUGUGUGAGCGGACAAACAAGAGCGAAGAUGCUCUUCAGCUAUAUGGCCGUCGGACAGCUGGAAUAUUCGGAUACUCUCACUUUACGGGAGGCUUUGCUGGUGGCCAAGCGGAAUAUGUUCGCGUCCCCUACGGUGACGUGAAUCUUCUUCCGCUGCCCGACGACGUGCCCGAUGAAAAAGGUCUCUAUCUGUCCGACGUGCUGUCAACAUCUUGGAACGCCGUCGCCGAUAAAGGGGUUGAGAAGGGUGACACCGUGGCGAUCUGGGGAGCAGGCCCAAUUGGGCAAAUGGCCGCUGAAUUCAGCUUCGUCAAUGGUGCUAAAACGACUACCCAAGCUCGAGACAAUCGAGUAUACGAAUCUCCAAAGGGCGAGACUGUGACCUCAACUCUGAAGAAGAUGUGCGACGGCCGUGGCCCCGAUGUGGCGAUUGAAUGCGCCGCUGGUGAAUAUACGAAAGGAUGGGCUCAUUACUUUGAGAGAAUGCUGGGCAUGGAAACGGACACCUCUGAACUCAUCAACGAGAUGAUUACCUCUGUCCGAGGGUUCGGACGCUGCGGAAUCACGGGCGUAUACGCCGGUUUUUGCAAUCAUUUCAACAUCGGUUCUAUGAUGGAGACUGGGGUCCGUCUCAUCGGCAAUGGACAAGCCCCUGUGCACAAGUACUGGAAGGAGCUCUUGCAGUACAUCAAGGAGGACAAGAUUCACCCUCUGGACAUGGUCACUCACCGGUACAAGCUCGAGGACAUGGAGAAGGUCUACGAGCUUUUCAAUAAGCGUGACCCGGGUAUGCAGAAGGUUUUCGUCCAGACCAAGUUUUCCGCCCCUCCAGCACCGGGUGCCCCCGCGUUAACAGAGCUCUGA